UCUCUAGAGGAGCAUAUAACAGCUGUUUUUCUGUCGCAGAGAAGAAACUUGCAGUAUAGAAGACGCAAAAAUGAUCAACUGGAAGGCUUUGGACAAUGUCCCUAUCCUCUUGUACAUCUUGGCCCUGAAGACAAUGUUGCUGUGUUUGGCGUUUGCUGGGGUGAAGAUCUACCAGAGUAAGAAAGCAGAUGCGGCCCUGAAGAAGCAGCGGGAUGCGAAGAGGAAGCUGGCCCAGCAGACGCAGGAGCUCCUCGACAACUUGAAGGAAGACUGAGCAGAGGAGAGGAGCUGCUGUAGGUACACAGGGAAACAUGGCCUGAGCAACAAAGCCAGUUCUUCAAAUACGAGCCAGAUGUCUGACAGUCGGCAACAGGGGGACUUUCCUGUGUGUCAGGAAAUUGUGUUGUUUCAGCACCAAGACUGUUCAUCAUCAUAUCGGUUUUAUACAUUUUGUGCACAAAAACGUUUAACUUCACCAGGUUUUUAUAUAAUGAAAGUGGGAACAUGAGAGAUCAGUGAGAUAAGGGAUUGUUUUUUAGCAUAGAUGAACAUCAGCUAAUUUGUGGGCUCAUCUUCCUCAAUCAUUUUCUGCCUUGUUUGUGUUUCCAUCCCCCAUCCAUCACUUCAGCUGAGGUUGUCAAUCAAACUCACUGGAAACUUGAAUAUGCUUCACUUUGUACUACCCUGUUUUUAGAAGAAAAAGUAAUAUUUAAGAUUGUCAAAACUGCUUAUUUACAUUACAUGGUAUUUAUUCUGACUUUGUAAUAUUACUUGUAAAUUGUGAACCAGCUUUAUGCUUAUAUUUUGUAAUUAUUUUGUGGUAGUAAAUAAAAAUUGCU